UGUCAGAGAGGACUUUGGGCUUUAAAGAGACUUGGUCCAGAAUUCGGUAUAUUUCUUUUCCUUUGCACUCUGUACUGCUGAAGUUCAAUCACCAGAGAAAUCCACAAUAUGUACCUCAUUUAUUGAAUAUUCAACUGGACGUCCCAAAGUCAUCAUCCUGCAAUUUGAGGAGACUAAAACUCGAGAUGUGCCAAACUAGUGCACUGAAAAUUAUAAGAAGACUUCCCCACAUGCCAACAAAACCCAGCUCUAUAAGUGUGCGAGUGACAAUAAUUAAAGGCCUGACAACAGCAAAGAAAGCUUGUCUCUGCAGCUGGAUGCUCUGAAUACCUCACAGAUUUUGACUGCAAGCAUUGAUUGACAGAUGCAUGGCAGAAACCCCCAUUCUGCUCUUCACAAGAUAUGUAUGAUGGAUAGCGAUCUCUUGGCCCAGCAGGAUACAGGGACCAUGCAUGCUGUAAUUGGUCAGGAUCCCAUGAUUUCUGGACAACAACUCAGCAAACCAUUGCUGUCCCUCCGAGCUGAAAUGAAUGCAGAAUCAAGAGGUGAGGACAAGGCAGCCACUUCAGACAAUGAGCUAAAUGACUCUCUGCUUGUGCCUGUGGAAUCAAAUGACAGUGAGGACACUCCCAGCAAGCUCUUCGGCACCAGAGGAAGCUCGACACCCAUCGAACCUGUCACAACCGACCAGCACCAGCCUAGCCAAACACACCCUUCCUUUUCAGUCGGGGCACAGCCAUUGUUGACAGCACAACAGCUAGCUUCAGCUGUGGCAGGAGUGAUGCCAACAAGCAAUCCUGCCCUCAAUCAGCCAAUCCUCAUACCAUUUAAUAUGGCUGGUCAGCUUGGCAACCAACAGGGCCUCGUCCUCACGCUGCCAGCUGCCAAUUUAACCAACAUUCAGGGUCUGGUUGCAGCAGCUGCUGCUGGAGGCAUUAUGACAUUACCACUGCAAAACCUGCAAGCUACCUCAUCCCUGAAUUCCCAAAUACAGCAACUUCAACAUCUUCAGCAGCUACAACAGCAACAGCAGCAACAUCAGCAACAAGGACAGCAACAACACCAACAGAACCAUCAACUACCUGGACAGCAGGCAUCAUCCCCUCAAAAACAAAGUCACUCUCCAGGACAGGGCCUCCAGUCAACACUGACUCCAACCAAUCCACUUCAGCUUGUUAAUAACCCUCUGGCAAGUCAAGCAGCUGCUAUGGGAUCCAUAGCUGGCUCCCAAGCCUUCAGCACUGCCCUGUCCAACCUGCAGGGGAUGACUUCUCAGCUGGUGACUAACGCACAAGGCCAGAUAAUUGGAACAAUCCCACUGAUGUCAAACCCAGCAGUUUCAUCCAAUCAAACUACAGGGGGAGCUCAAGGCAUUCAAGUGCAACCAAUCACCCCUCAGCUUCUGACUAAUGCGCAAGGUCAGAUCAUUGCCACGGUGAUUGGAAAUCAGAUUUUGCCAGUGAUCAAUACACAAGGAAUAACACUGUCACCCAUAAAACCAGGCCAACAGCAGCAGCAGCAGCAGCAGCAUCCGCAGGUAGGCCAGCCAGUGUCCCAGGCUAACCUUCUGCACAUGGCACAUGGGCAGGCCUCUCUUGCACAAAGCCCAGUGCGUCAAGCCUCUUCCUCCUCCUCUUCAUCCUGUUCUUCUUCAGCUCUGAGCGUUGGACAGUUAGUCAGCAAUCCACAAACAGCAGCCAGUGAGGUUGAUGGAGUAAACCUUGAAGAAAUUCGUGAGUUUGCAAAAGCAUUUAAAAUCCGGCGUCUAUCUCUUGGUCUGACACAGACACAGGUUGGACAGGCCUUAAGUGCCACUGAGGGACCAGCAUACAGCCAAUCUGCAAUCUGCAGACACACCAUCCUGAGAAGCCACUUUUUCCUACCACAGGAUACCCAAGAGAGCUCUAUAGCUAGCAGUCUGACAGCCAAACUGAACCCUGGCCUUUUGUAUCCUGCCAGGUUCGAAAAGCUGGACAUCACCCCUAAAAGUGCCCAGAAGAUUAAGCCCGUUCUUGAACGGUGGAUGGCUGAGGCUGAGGCCCGCCACCGAGCAGGAAUGCAGAAUCUAACUGAAUUUAUCGGCAGUGAACCCUCCAAAAAGCGCAAGCGGCGGACAUCUUUCACUCCCCAGGCCCUGGAGAUCUUAAAUGCCCACUUUGAAAAGAAUACACACCCAUCAGGGCAGGAAAUGACAGAAAUUGCUGAGAAACUGAAUUAUGAUCGGGAGGUAGUUAGAGUUUGGUUCUGCAACAAGAGACAAGCGUUGAAAAACACAAUUAAACGCUUAAAACAAUCCGAGUCGUCGACAGGCCUGGCCAUGGAACCACUCACAGACUCUUUUGAAGAAACCUCCUAAAACUAAAAACUGUCCACCAGUAAUUCAUGAUGCAGACAUCUUUGGGAAAGUCCUUGUACAUCUCCUGCAAGUAAAAGACUGCAAACUGCUGUGUUGACACAUUUCCAGACUGUCCAUUGAGUUUACUAUUGAAGAAAACAGCGCGACACAUUAUUGUGCAGUAGAAUUAGUUUUAAUGAAAUUAAAGAACCCCCAGUCAUUUAGCUGACUGAAACUGAACCAAAUAGACAUUUCAUGAACUGUAAAAUAUUUGACUGAGAAAACCUUCUAUGAGUUACAGAGAGCUCUGUAUUUCACACAAAAACAACAUCCGAAUUAGUGCCUGUCAUUGUCAGGUACAAAGUGCUGCAUUAAUAUUAAUCUGUUAACCAAAGUCAGAAGCAAAGCACCAGAAUCAAGUUAAUAGCCUACUGUUUUUGAGUGUAUAUUGUGUUAAAAUUUUUACAUUUGUAAUUACAAAAGAAAAUGGAUGAAUUACUUUUUUCUCGUUCACAGAUUGUGUCCAUUUGUCGUGUUGGGUUAACACAACUGUAGAAGCCAUUAUUAUAAGGUUGUCACUUUGUCUUUCUUCUGUGCUAUUGUAAAACCAGAAAUGUUCGUAUGCCAACAAUUUCUAUGUAAUUUGGCAGUUGCCAGUGUUUCUGUGUGAUGGAUUUUAAAUUGCACUGUAUUUUAGUAGUGCAAAACAAAAGGGAAUUGUGCACAUUGCCAGUCAUGUAAUGUUGGUUGUCCCUUCUUUACAAAAAUGGCCACCAGUGUGAAGCGAUUCUAUUUAGCAGUCUUGUACCACAACCUCAGUUGUUUGUGUAAUUGCAACAUCGGUGUAAAUUUUGUGUGCAAAGCAAUCUUUUUCCAAAGCCUGUUAGCCAAAGAAUUUCAAUAUCAUACUAUUUAAGUGAAACAUGACAAAGGUUAAGUGAGAAAUUAGGACUGGGACAUGACCAUAAUAAGGGCUGUCAUCAGACUUAUUUAUUCAGAAGAUGUAUUACAGCAGUGUCUAAACUGAAGCACAGAGUUACAGUGCCUGGUCACCAGAUUAUUUACAGCUCACAUUUAUCCUGAACUUUAAAUUACUUAACACUUAAAAGUUUUCCAUAUAAGAAUGGAAACUCAUCGAAUCACCCAUGUGCAUACACAGACACACACACAAACAGACAUGUACAUAAAUAUACAGGCGCACAUAUAGACAUAUUCUUUCAUUAUAGAUCUAAUGUCUCUUCUGUUUCAUUUAACCAUGCUAAAAAGACAUCAUCUAAGAAUCAUGUUACUUGGUUAAUGUAGCAAAUGUUUAAAAGGCAUACAAAGUACUUAAACUAUGAGGGGUUUUAACAACAUCCCAGGAACACUGGUUCUCACAAUGCUCAUAAUUCAUGACCAAAGUUAGUUUAUAGAAGAGAGCAUUGCACACACACAAUUGAGAAUGAAUUCCAAGUCUUUAUUUUCCAGUAGCAUGAGGCCUUGUGUUUAUCAGAUGAUUUAAUGACACAUCUGUAGCAUACUUUUCUGAAUCUUCUUUCCACAACUAUUACCAGCUUUAAAUGCCAAAAACAGAAAUGACACAUGAUUAUUUUGCAUUGUAGUUCAAAGUUUGUGAGAAUUGCAGUAUUCAGCUGUUUUGUUUUUUCUGAAUUUUGCUAAUUAUAUUUAGGCCAAACCUUGAGAGUUUCAGUUUAUGCAUAGAGACUGAAGUAAGAACUUGAGGCUUAGUGGCAGUGUUCCUACAUCAGAUUUGAGUCCCACCUAUCCUGAAUAUGUAUCAUAACAAGUCCAAAUGGGUUGGUUAAGAAUAAUGUUAUGAAGAUAGAGAUGUGAAUAUUGAAAACAUCAAGCAGGGUAAAUAACCAGUUUGCCAAUAUUAUGAAAAUAUUGAUUUUUAAUCAAAUUUCCUGGCACCAACUAGAUUUUUUUCUAAAUGUAUUUCAUCUUGAUUCUAAUAUAAAUUAGUCAUCAGUGUACAUCCAAAAUGGAUAAACAAUAAGAAUGUUUUUGUGGAAAUUGUAACCCACAUAAUGCUUGAUUUUGAAUAGUAAAAUUCCUUAAUGAGUAGGUAACUCUUACUACAGUUUGCAUCCUGUCCAUCCUCUCUUAAUUCAAGAUCAAAUAAGAUAUUGUACAAGAACCAUAAUGAUUAUUCCACAUCAGUAGAAUUUUAACCAGUUGGAUUGGCACAAACAUAUGCUUAUUUAUUGAACAAGCUUAAUAACUAUAUGCAUUGAAGGGAAUUAAUUUUGGUUAUGAUUCAAAGCAAUGCAAUGUGCAAAAGAGUUAAGUAGAAAUUACUUACAGAGAGUACAGAGAACAAGUAAACAGAUGAGUGAAUGCUUGAUCAACAUAAUUGGUUUUGAGAAUGUCUUUCAAUGUGUAAGAACUCAGGGACAGAGUUCCAGACAGUAAGUACAAGAUGGCUAAGGCUAUGAUUGAUACUUGUAACACUGUAACAUACAGAUAUCUGGUGAAUUAUUGUUUAUCCAAAUGCUGAAUAGGAUUGGACAACAAUUAAAAAUUACAGGUCAAGUAAUGAAUAAUAGGAUGACAUUGUUAUGGAGGACACUGAACAUUUCAAAUAAGUAUAGGGGUGUCUGAAACCAUAUAUGUGUCAAAAAAGGACAUGUCUUUUCAAAGAGGACAUCACCCAGCAUGACAGAGGAGAGAAAAUCAUAAAUGCAGAAACUGAGGAAAACAAAGUGAUAAUGUUUUCUGGGUAUUAAGCCCACUGCCACUUGAAGGUCUUAUCAACCAUUUGCUACUCAAGGCUUAAUGGUCAUAACAUGUUCCAAAAUGACAUCUUGCCUAAUAAGUUACUGCCUUUUAGGGUGGUUUUAUGGAACUGUAUAAUACAACAAUCUCAUGAUGAGAAUGGGACUGAUAAGAUAAUUGCUAGACAGGAUUGCUUACCAAUCUCUUGAUUAUAUUUGCCAUUUGGAUUAUAGGUAGAUUUUUUUCCAUGAUGUAGCAGUCCAAUCAUAGACAAAAUGUACAACCAUUGUAAAAAGAAGUAAACCAAUGUUACAAGACCACCGCUGGCCCUCAAGAGAGACUUUGCAGUUCAGAUAGCUGCUGUUUACAUUCAUUUUCAUCUUAUAUUAAAUCCAUAUUUCUUUACCCCUUUUUUAGUACUCAUUUGUAUAUGUCUGUCCCCUUCAGCAUCUUUUUUAAGUAUAGAUACAAGGUAAGAGAUUCUGAAGAAUCUAAUGUUUGAAAAGGUUUAACUCAUUUGACUCAUUUCUACCACAUUAAUGGAAAUGAGGCAUACUGAAUGAAACUGAGGAAGAUAAGUAGAGGCUUAAUGUAACUCAAGCUGUAACCAAAUAUAGAAUAAAAAUGCCUUUGCUCAUCUUAUCAAUGCUGGACCAAAGCUCAGAGUAUAUGGGUAUAGGUAUAUGCACAUUGUAUAGAUGUGGCUCGAUAUUACAGACAAUCUCACAAUAUUAAACUGUUACUUUUUAAAUCUCUUUAUAAAUGCUUUACCUCAACACUCUACUUCUAGAACCCUAAAUUACAACAUUCAAAACCACUAAAUUUCUUGUUAGACUUUAAUCAAUUGAGUAAAAUCUAUUUGGGUUGAAGUUUGCAUUGUUCUCAGCUGAAUGUGAACGUCAUGUGUUUGCUUGUUUAUAAAUUAAGAAAGCUCUAUGUGUAGCACAGUGUCCAUUAAUUCAUUUGCAAAAUAACAUUUUGCAAAAAGCUAUACUAUUGUUGCCAGGGUCACUCAAAUAAAUUGCUGCAGAGAGUUUGGGUGUGAAAUGCACCACUGUUACACUGACAGUAAGAAGAUUAUCCUGUUGGAAAUUCAAUGGAAUGGAGGUUAAAAACUGGAGCCAGAGACCAAAUUCACCAGGUCAAGAUCCUUACUGCUCAGACACUUAAACCAAAGCUGACUUACCUGCACAGGUUGCUUACCUUUUAUAGACUGAAAAUACUGUACUUUAUCUACAGCAAUAUCUGUAUGGUCAGUUAAGCUGCACUUUGUGUAUUUCUGAACAGCUUCAGAUCUGUCACUUUUACUUUGUACCAU